CAGGUGUGAAGCAGCCGCGCGAGACGAUGACAACCCCCACGGGACCCACCGCCGCCGCCAUCGCCUCGCCGGGGGCGUGCCGCCUCCUGUUGCUGCUGGCGAUCGUCGCCGCGCACGGCGCAUGGGGCGUGCAGAUCACGGAGCUGCACGUGCCGCCGGUGGUGCGCAACGGGUCUUCGUCCGCGGUGCUGGACUGCGAGUACUCGCUGCGCAGCGACGAACUGCGCACCGACUCGGGCCUGGUGGUGAAGUGGUACUUCAACAACGGCCCGUCGCCCGUCUACCAGUGGAUCGCCGGCGGCCGUCCCCAGGACCUUGGGGUACUCCGAGGCCGACUCGACCUGCUCUACAGGGCCUCCGAUAACAACGCCAUGAAGCACCGCGCGCUGUAUAUUGUGUGGGGAUCGCCGCUGGGUGAAGGUGUCAACGUCACCUGCCGCGGCCGCGGCGUCUACCCGGAGCCCAAGAUCGCCCUCUACGUCGACCAGGCCGAGGGAAGAGGCAGGGGGGGGAGUAGGGGAUGGGCGGUUGGAGGCGGAGCACCCGCCCGCGUGAGUACCACGCCCCGCCGCGCCGCCGCCCCGUCAGGGCCGGCCGCCGCCGCAGGGGGCCACCGCCCCGACGCCGCCGCGGCCGCCGCCGCCGCCGUCGACCCGGGCCCCGCCCUCAAAAGCUUUAUCUAUUACAAAGGUGAUAACGGUGCGUGGGAGCGGGGCGCGGUCUCCCCUCGCCCCCCUGCCUAACAGUUGAAGAACAAGAGAAGAUGGCGUCACACACAUGGGCUACCGGUGAUAUAGGACUUCCGCGAAAAAGUCCAUCGCUACUUCCUUCCUGACUGACCACAAUGUUUGUAGAAUGUAUGGACAAAUAUCCACAAGUGUAGGUUUCAUAUUUAAUGUCUUGCUUAGAGUCGUUAGACAUGUCUGUCAAAUGUUGCUGAAGCCAACUUUAUCAUUAGAUUUUUUUAUUACCGAUAAUGGUAUAUUCUCAAUACACUAAAAGUGAACAUUUUAGAGACUUAAGCAAAUGAGAAGUUCAUUUAUUCUAGCUGACAUAAUCUGUACGUGCUGAUAAGCUUAAUAACGGCGAAUAAAAAAUCUUCCUCUUAGUUACAUUCUAAUCUCUACAAAUCGUAUUCACCCAUUUAAUUAACAAGGUUCUAAUUAAUCCGCGGUGAUAUUUCUGACACAUUUCCACAUAUUGACAUUUAAAACUCUUAGAAUUAUAUUAUUAUUUCAACAACGUUAUUGCAUUUGUGAAUAUUUUUAAUGUUAAAAUGUUUGAUAAAAUAUUAUUCAAGUAAUGUGUCAAAUGUUAACGGUAGAGCCUCUAUAACAUUGUUCAGCAUUUAAGAAAAUUUUAUGGAAAAUGAAAUGUGAUUACAUCUCGAUAUUAUAAAUUUUCGUCUACUUAGAAUGCGACUCUUAUAUAAAUGUAUGAAAGGAGACUUUUUUACCAAUUUAUCCUGAAAAUCUCGGCGUGUGUGUUUAUUUUCAAAAAUAGUGAAAUUUACGUAACUAAAAUUUGCUAAGUAUUGUUUUAGAUACCGUGAAACGAAAUAUGACAGUUAAAUGAAUCAAAGUCAAUUAAACUCAUACUUCUUGCAUGGAGAAGUCUGUCAGUUAAAUAUCAAAAUUAUAUUAGUUUCGGAUUAUCAGAUUUUUAAACAAAAAAAUGUUUAACAAACAGUGACUUAAAUUAUCGUAAAUAUUAUUAGAAGCUUUUAAACAUGACUAAUUAAUAUGAUCAUAUAUCCAUAUCAUUGUGCUCUUGUAAAUGAAACGAUGAUAGACGACAAGAGAAAAUGAAUAUUGUGGCGAUAUCAUUAGCAUAAUAGCAGAGGCGGCUGCAAGCUUUCGGGUUUAGAUUUACAAUAAUGUUCUAUUAAACAAGUGAUUGUAAUAUAUGUUCCUCGUACCUGUAUCUGUGUUAUGGCUCUUGUAGUGCCAUUGCAAAUUGUAUGUGUGUGACCCCUGCAUAUGUAUUUAUAAAAAUAUUUAAUAAACAUCCUGAAAAUUA